UUGUUGAACAGCCAUUGCAGUGUCGUGGCUCAGUAACAAAACACGAAAAGGAGAGCGAGCUGGCGUUUCGCAGGCUCCUAUUUUCAACCGGGGACCAAUUUACAUGACUAUAAGAGCGAACACAUUCGGUAAAUUACUCUACACCUAAAUAACGGGAUUCACCUGCUCCGGAUAUGUCAUUCAUACUUGAUUGGAUUUAUACCAGUUUCAGUAAUGUACUACAGUUCUUAGGACUGUACAAGAAAUCCGGCAAGUUAGUAUUUCUUGGCCUGGACAAUGCUGGCAAAACGACGCUACUGCACAUGCUCAAAGAUGACAGAUUGGGACAGCAUGUGCCAACUUUACAUCCAACCUCGGAAGAGCUGACGAUUGCUGGCAUGACUUUCACCACCUUUGACCUUGGAGGCCACGCACAAGCCCGCAGAGUGUGGAAAAACUACCUCCCUGCCAUCAAUGGCAUUGUCUUCCUUGUGGAUUGUGCAGACUCACUGAGAUUGGCUGAAUCAAAAGCAGAACUCGAUGCAUUAAUGACAGAUGAGACCAUUGGAAAUGUGCCUAUCCUGAUCCUUGGCAACAAGAUCGACAGGCCAGAGGCCAUCAGCGAGGAGAGGCUGAGAGAACUUUUUGGAUUGUACGGGCAGACGACAGGCAAGGGCACCAUUGCCAUGAAGGAGCUGAACACGAGACCACUGGAGGUGUUCAUGUGUAGUGUGUUGAAGAGGCAGGGCUACGGCGAGGGUUUCCGCUGGCUCUCUCAGUACAUCGACUAAAGCAGCCAAGUCCCGACACCACCACCACCACCGUCACCACCGCCAUCAGGGGGGCUCUAAAACCUACCACACGAGACGCCCGCUGUUUCCACCAGUACCAUCAUACUCAGCCCCAUGUUUGGUUAAACAAGUCCACCUCCAUCUUCAGAGAAACCAGUACAACUUGAUCCCAAUAGACUUUUAUUGGUCGAACAUUUGGUUCCGCACUAACUGAAUUCAUACCUGUAUGCGCACACACACACUCGUUUCCAUCUGUCUUUUUCUAAGAGUAACAUAGCAUCGGUUCCACAGCAAAGGGUGUUCAAAUUCAAACGGAUGAAUUUUUUCUAUAUUGUGUCGUUUGCUGCCCUCUCCCCCUCCAUUCCUGCCAUCUGUUGAGUGUGAUGAUAGGUGCAUUAUAACUGUAAAUCUGUAUAUGAUUCCAUUGGUAUAUCAGCAGUCCCUGAUGCCUCUUUCCCCUCUUUAACUCAUUUUGAGCAAUGAGAGAGAGCAACAUAGUUGUAUACAUUGCAGUACACUUUUUUAACAGUAAAGACAUUCAUUCCACAUGUAUUUAGCCAAUGCAUUUUGGUUUGUCCUGUUUUUGUUUUUUUUUCCUUUUAAAUUUCAAUAAAUAAAAUGUGUGGCCACGUAUACAGCCCUCAUUAUAGACGCAUGGCUGUUUCACCCAUUUAUUAAAUGGACCAGUGCAUUAAUCUUAGCGUAUCAGAAAUAAAAUCCAUUUCUUUAGGUUACUUGGAGGCUAAAAUACUUUUGUACCAAACUUCUAUCUCGUGGGCACAGCAGCAUUGAAUGGAUCCAAGUAGUCUGUGGGCUCCCCUUUUUGAAGGGAAGCAUGGGGUGGUAGCAUAGCAGAUGGGAGAAGAUUUUUAAUAGAACAUGAUACUGGCUAUAACCCAGGUGAGGUUUGAUGAAAUCAUGUAGAUAGCACAAUGAUCAGUUGAUGCAAAGAAAACUAUUUAAGUAAGUGAAACUGGGAUAAAUAGCCUGAUAGAAACAUGCAGUAAGAGAUGAAGGGAGGAAUAAACAGAUGGUUGUAACAUCUUGUCAUCAAUAUUGGAAGUCCAUCCUACUGAAGUAUUUUGCAGCGCAUACCUUUUUUACAGGGUGACUCUAGUGACCAAGCGUAGAUAACAGAGGGCACAGUCCCACAGUGGGAACAGGUAGAUAGGCCCAAGACGCCUCUAAGAAAGGGACCAUAUAUAUAUGAAAUGUACAUGAACACCGUACAUGGAUUUUGUAUUUAUAAGUGGUAUCCUUUGAUCUAUGUGCAUUACCAGAAACUAUUAUGCAUGCCUUGUUCUUUUGAUUUUUAAUGACCAUUAUUCCAGAGAGUUCAACAGGAGGGAAAAAGAUGCCAAAAUUUACAACGAGAGCUGAUUGUCAUGUUUUUUUUUUGCUUUUAGACGGAAACAAUGGAAUUACGCUUAAUACACAUUUUUUCUGUCCCUGUCCCUUGGUGUCUCUUUCAUUCCCUCAUGACUACGUGAUGAGCUGUUCCAACAAGGGUGGGACUCACUGUUGUUUGCAUCAUUAAAAAAAUGUAAUAAAUGUUUUCAA